GAAACCAUGUCGAUCAUCCCACGACCUGCGGUCUGAUCAUAACUCCAGGCUGCUGAAAGAGUGCUCGCUGCAGCAGCUAAACGAGGACGAGCUCUUCCUGCUGCUGCUGCUCAACGACCCGGCGCUGCUGCCCGAGGUGUGUGUGCACUAUAACAAAGGCUCGGGGCCUCACGGCUGCUGUAGUUUCCAGGGCGACUGCACCAAAGUGCACCUGUGCCAGCACUUCGUGCAGGGCGACUGCAUCUUUGGAAAAAAGUGCAAACGGUUGCAUGCCGUUGACGAGCGCGGCCGCCACAUGCUGGAGGAGAGAGGACUGAGCUGUGACAUCAUCCACAACCUGCCUUCCAUCUACAGCAACAUCCACCAGCUCAGAGCGGCCUCCACCUCCACCACCUCCAUGGACAUUGUUCCUGAGCCGUCUCACCCUCUGGAGAUCUGCCUGCACUUCUUCAGGAACAGCUGCAAGUUUCAGGACUCGUGCCUGCAGGUGCACUUCCACCUGCCGUAUAAGUGGGAGGUUCUAGAUGGCAGCACCUGGACGGAGCUGCAGAACAUGGAGGACAUUGAGCGAGACUUCUGCGACCCGUCCAGGACUGAGAGCGCUGGUGUUCAGACCAUCGACUUCAUCACGAUGACUCGAGGGAUGCAGCCUGUUCGCCGUCUCUCCACAGUUUCCUCCGUGAAGAAGCCGUUAUACUACACACUGACCACCAAAUGGCUGUGGUACUACAAGGGGGACCGUGGGAACUGGGUGGAAUAUGGAGAGUUGGAUGAGAAGCUGCGCUCCACAUCGGAGACAUCCUGCACUCUGGAGAAGAAGUACCUGUCUGACAGAAGAGCUGAAGUCAGAGUGGUGAAAGGCUACAGAGAGUACAUCAUCAGCUUCAAAGACAUGUACCAGAGGAACCACAAGCACAACACCAAGAGGAAAGUCCGCCGUCGCCCUCGCUUCGUCUCCCGGGAGGAGGUGGAGAGGCAGGUGCCGGUGUUAGGAAGUCAAAUGUGACCCGAUUAUGUUGACUGGACCAGGCUGGGUGCCUUAUCACAGUAGCAGGUGCUGCUGCUCAAGAUUUCAUCACUUCCUGGACGUCUGUAAAUGAUUACUGAUGCAUUCACUGAGCAUGUUAACCACUUCUAUUAUUUUCUGCUUCUCUGCGUGUAUGUGCCUGUGUGGGGGAAAUUUAUUCUACCUGUAUUUCUAUUUUUGUAUGGGCUUUAGGCAAUAUAAAGCACCUUGAGGUCACUGUUGUUAAUUUGGUGCUGUAAAUAAAAUGGAGUGAUUCUUA